GGCAAGCAUGAAAGGUGGAGACUACGACAAGGACUCGAGUGAAGAUCGAUACCCGGGCCAAUUCUUCUUUGUCUCCACGCAAGCGGCAGCUGCAGCAGGAGGUGUGGAAGGCUUUGAGGAGCCAGCUACUGUGGGAAAGGUCACCCUUCACUCUCUGGACUUUUGGGUGAUCGAUAGUGGCGCCACCUAUAGCAUGACACCUCGUGCGGACUUGCUCACCGAACUCGAACCGUCGCCGGUCAAGCAUGUUACAUCGGCUUUGGGGCAGCGAGCAGAGGUGAAAGGCAUGGGCAAGGCCAUGUUCAAGGGUGCUGAUGGGAAGAUGGUGGGCCUCAAGAACGUGCUUUUGGUGCCCAACCUAGCAGCCAACCUGAUUUCCGUUCGGCGUUUGCAAAAGGCCGGCAUGGACACAUCUUCCAAGGGAUCCAAAACCUAUACCGCAAGGCUUGGUGAGCGGAAGCUUUGGGACCUUCAUGAGGACAGGGACAUCUACAAUGAGAUGUGGAAAAUCCCAGUGGUCCCCAUGCCUAAAGAGAGGCAAGUGGCAGCAAGCGUCAGCACCAAGCGUGAAGCGGUUGGUGGCGGUGAUCACGGAAAGCAAAGUGACACCAAGAGUGACUCGAAGGAGUGCAACCUUGGAGAGACCAGCAAGGCGUGUGAACCCAAGGAGAAUGGUGCAGCAGCCAAAGGUGGUGGAAAUGAGGAGGAGAAGGCUAAGAUCAACAAAGCAGCAGCGGCGAAGGAGAAAGGAGAGAGCUUGUGGGGCACAAUUGCGAGUGCCGCUUUCUCCAACCCGACUUCCGCUACGGGAGAGUGUGAUUGGCUGACCUUGCAUCGGCGAAUGGGGCAUGUGGCAUUGCCCAUUUUGCAGCAGAUUGUUAAGCAAGAGAUGGUCAGUGGGAUACGUGUCAAGGGGGAGCCCAAUGAGGUGCUUGGCUGUCCAACAUGCAUGCAAGCCAAGUUCACCCGCUACCCGUUCCAUAGCUCGGAGACAACGGCGAAGGCACCACUUGAUGAGGUGGUGAUGGAUGUGGUGGGCCCCUUGAAGCUUGGAGCUGCUGGAGCAGAGUACUUCCUCACCAUUGUGGACGUCUACACUCGCAUGACUUGGGUGUAUGUACUGCCCAAGAAGAGUGACGUAGCUGAAACGGUGAAGACCGAUUGGUUGCCGAUGGUGGAGCGGCAACAAGACCGACUUGUGAAGGCGAUUCGCACUGACCGUGGGGGAGAGUUCCUGAGCAAGGAUUUCUCAACUUGGCUGAAGAAUCAGGGCAUAAGACACUCUCUUACCAUGCCCUACUCUCCUGCAAUGAACGGCAUCGCCGAGCGUGCGAAUCGGACACUCACGGAGACGGCUCGGGGACUUCUCAUUGAAGCCGGUCUACCCAAUUACUUUUGGCCGGAUGCGGUGCGGCAUGCUUGUGUGGCCAAGAACAGAGCCUUGACUCAUGUGGGAGAAGACAAAUGGGUGCCCUAUGUGGAGUGGAUUGGAAGGAAGCUGAAGGUGGAUAUGCUUCGGGUGUUCGGGUGCAUGUGCAUGGCACUUGUGCCUAAGAAACUUCGGCACAACAAGCUUGAUGCCAAGGCAACAUGGGCCGUGCACCUGGGCAUGGCUCAAAACAGCAAGGGAUGGCUUCUUUGGGACCCAUUUACCAAGAAGUUCCUGGUGAGCAGAGAUUGCAAGUUCAUGGAGAACUUACCGUACAAGGAGUGGAAGGCGGAGAACCAAGCGAAGAUUGGUGUGCGGCUUGGAGAGGUGAAGAGUACCGGCUUGGAGCAUGUGGAGCUGCCCUUGGAGCUGAGUAGCAGCAGCACUAUCACAAGGCAAUCUCCUCAAAUGAAUGGGGGAGAAGAGGAGGAGGAGGUGCAGCAAGGUGAUGAGCGUGCACCGUCACUUCCGCCUCGUGCUACAAGUGCUCGAGGAAACCGACCAGAUUUGCCGCAACGCCAUGAGAGCAUUCAAGUCCCUGCAGCAGAGGAGGAAGGAAGGGGGAGAAGGAGGACUCAGCCCCCCAAUAGGUUGAGCUAUGAACGGCUUGGAGGACCAGCCAACUCAACCUUGACCGGUUCGGCUCUCAUGCUAGGUGAUGAUGCGGAAGAUGAAAGCGAGGAGUGCGCUUUUGCCUUCUUCUCUCCGGUGGAGAUACCGGGGGAGCCUACAAAUCCCAAGGAGGCUUGGGAGGGCCCCAAUGGGAAGGAGUGGAAGAAGGCCUCAGAUGAAGAAAUGGGGAGCAUCAUCGAGAACAACACGUUUGACUUGGUGAACCUACCUCCGGGGCGUAAGGCGAUUUCUUCCAAGUGGCUCUUCAAGCGCAAGACCGACGCCGACGGCAAUAUUGAGCGCUACAAGAGCAGACUUGUAGCCAAGGGGUAUCAGCAGCAAGAGAAGAAGGACUACAAUGAAGUGUAUGCCCCUGUGGUGAAGGGUACAACCCUUCGAACCCUCUUCGCCGCGGCGGCCAUCAAGGGAUGGGUGGUGAAGCAAAUGGAUAUAGUAACGGCCUUCCUCAAUGGCGUUUUGGAGGAAGAGACCUACAUGGAGCAGCCAGAGGGGUACAAUGAUGGGAGUGGCAGAGUGUGGAAGCUGAAGAAAGCACUCUAUGGCCUCAAGCAAGCCCCUAGGCAAUGGUACAUCAAGCUGCGGGAAGUCUUGGAGGCGAUCGACUUCACUCCCUCAACGGCCGAUCAAUCCUUGUUCAUGCUUGGCGAGGGGGAGCAGAGGAGCUUCAUGGUGGUUUAUGUGGAUGACAUCCUCAUAUUCUCACCCUCCUCUGACCUUGUGAAGGAGGUGAUGCUGAAGCUUCAAGACAAGUUCAAGUGCAAGACCCUUGGUGACGUCAACUACUACCUUGGGCUUCACAUUGAGCGAGAUGUGGAGAAGCGGUGGAUGCGAGUGCAUCAAAAGAAGUACUUGGAGGCCUUGGCUGCAAACUUUGGGAAGAGUGAAGGUCAUGUGGCUACUCCUCUUACCUCAGGGUUCAAGUGUGUGAAAGGACCAGCGGAGGAAAGUGUUGGUGAAGAGGAGAGGCGCCGUUUUCACUCCUUGGUGGGCAGCCUCAUGUAUGCGGCCGUUCACACAAGGCCGGAUGCAGCCUUUUCUACCGGGCAGCUGGCUAGGGUUGUCCAAUGCCCUAAUGAGGAGCAGGUAGCAGCUGGAGAGAGGGUGGCCAAGUACCUUGGCCAAACAGCAACUGUUGGACUGCAAGACUCCGCGGCGGCACAAAGACGUCAAAAGGGUGCGGAUGGAGUCGAACCCGGGAGGCUCUUUCUCACCGCCUUCUCUGAUGCAUCUUGGGCAUCAGAACCAGAGGACAUGACAAGUGUGGGAGGUUUCAUCUGCUGUGUUGGUGGAGGGCCAACAGCUUGGGAGAGCAAGAAGCAAGUGAAGUGGCAUUGGGUGAGGAGCAUGGUAACCGCGGCUGAAGUGGAGUUGCACUACGUGAAGACGACGGCGCAGCCUGCUGAUAUGAUGACCAAGAGGCUGGUUGAGCAGCAGCAUUGGAAGUUGCUUGUGUGUGUGUUUGAAUGGUGUAUCACAAUGUGGUUUGUGUCGGUCAAGACAUUAGCGAGUUUUUACAACUGGCAUGUCAAGUCGUCGUUUGCGUGUCGCAUGUGUUAUUUCUAUUUUGUCGAGUGUGAAGUGUCCAUCGUGUCGCAGGGUUGGUUUCGAGACUCUUCAUGGUUGGGGACUCUGUGGUGGUGUACCACCAACCUGGAACUCGGCUCUUGGGGUAUGUAGAGGCUGGGAACUAUCUCCCUCUCGAACUCUUCUUGCUAAGUUUGUACUCCUAAGACUGUAGUGGCUACUGUACCUCCUGCCAGUC